AUGAGAAAGUGUUCGUUGGUGAUAUCCGAGCCUGAAAGAUACGUUGAAGAGGAAUCCAAAAAGCAGCUGGCCGACCCAAUCGUUUACAAUCCUGGAAGUCUUCCUUUGGUCGGCUCUUUGGUGUACUUCCGCAAGCGAGGUCACUUGGAGUCAUCAGGACUGAACAGUGACCAAACUCGCUCCAAACUCCUGGACCGCAAAUCCAGCUCCUACCCGAAUUUAUCACAAUGCUUGGAGCAGGGUACAAAGUACAACAACGACGACCUCGACAGUUUGCAACCAACCUCGCCGUCCAGUUCCAUUUCCAGCAUCGAUUCUCAGAAAACGCUCCAUGAUCAUGUUUUAGAUGACAACGAUAAAUCCGAUCCAUCGUUCGAUGAGCUGGAUAGCCACAUCAACCACCAGAGAAGGAACUCGUCGGGAUGGAACGAUACCGGCGAUUGCUCCAGAUCCCUCAAAAAAGAUCGCAAAAAUAACAUAAGGCACAGAAGACGCCUCACAUGCGCUGUCGUGUUCACAAAGCCAAGGCUUGUCCAACUAUAG